GGGGCCGCGGCUGGAGCGAGCUCCAUUUGGCCGAGAGGGAGAAGGGGCCCAGUUCGGCGUCCAGCCCCUCGAGCCCAGGAUGGAUGUGCCGGCCCGGGUGUCCCGACGAGCGGCGGCGGCGGCGGCCACUAUGCUUCUGCGGACGGCCCGCGUCCCUCGAGAGUGCUGGUUCCUGCCGACCGCGCUGCUCUGCGCCUACGGCUUCUUCGCUAAUCUCCGGCCGUCCGAGCCCUUCCUCACGCCCUACCUGCUGGGGCAGGACAAGAACCUGACCCAGAGAGAGGUCUUCAAUGAAAUUUACCCAGUCUGGACAUACUCUUAUUUGGUGCUGCUGUUUCCUGUGUUCCUUGCCACAGACUACCUCCGUUACAAGCCUGUCAUUCUGCUUCAGGGACUCAGCCUUAUUGUUACAUGGUUCAUGCUGCUCUAUGCCCAAGGACUGCUGGCCAUUCAGUUCUUGGAAUUCUUCUAUGGCAUUGCCACAGCCACUGAAAUCGCCUAUUACUCCUAUAUCUAUAGUGUGGUCGACCUGGGCAUGUACCAGAAAGUGACAAGUUACUGUAGAAGUGCCACCUUGGUGGGCUUCACAGUGGGCUCUGUCUUAGGGCAAAUCCUUGUGUCAGUGGCAGGCUGGUCACUGUUCAACUUGAACGUCAUCUCCCUUACCUGCGUUUCUGUUGCUUUUGCUGUGGCCUGGUUUCUGCCCAUGCCACAGAAAAGCCUCUUCUUUCACCACAUUCCUGCCUCCUGUCACGGAGUGAAUGGCAUCAAGGUACAAAAUGGUGGAAUCGUUACUGAUACCCCAGCAUCUAACCACCUUCCUGGAUGGGAGGACAUUGAGUCAAAAAUUCCUCUAAAUUUAGAUGAACCUCCCGUGGAGGAGCCGGAGACCAAGCCAGACCGGCUGCGUGUGCUGAAGGUCCUGUGGAAUGACUUCUUGAUCUGUUACUCUUCUCGCCCUCUGCUCUGCUGGUCCGUGUGGUGGGCCCUCUCCACCUGCGGCUAUUUUCAAGUGGUGAACUAUGCCCAGGGAUUGUGGGAGAAGGUGAUGCCUUCUCAAAAUGCCAUUAUUUACAAUGGCGGUGUGGAAGCCGUGUCAACCUUGCUGGGUGCAAGUGCUGUAUUUGCAGUUGGUUAUAUAAAAAUAUCUUGGUCAACUUGGGGAGAAAUGACGUUAUUCCUGUGUUCUCUCCUGAUUGCUGCUGCAGUAUAUACCAUGGACACUGGGAAGGACAUUUGGGUGUGCUAUGCAUCCUAUGUUGUCUUCAGAAUCAUCUACAUGGUACUCAUCACCAUAGCAACUUUUCAGAUUGCUGCAAACCUCAGCAUGGAACGUUACGCCCUUGUGUUUGGUGUAAACACCUUCAUUGCCCUGGCGUUGCAGACCCUGCUCACUCUAAUUGUGGUAGAUGCUAAGGGCCUUGGCUUAGACAUUACCACACAGUUCCUGAUUUACGCCAGUUACUUUGCGGCCAUCUCUGUGGUUUUCCUGGCUAAUGGUGCAUUCAGUGCCGUAAAGAAAUGCAGAAAGCAGGAAGAUCCCAGCUCCAGCCCUCAAGCAUCUACUCCCUAACAUGCUGCUGAAGUGAUGCUGCUUCCAAGCAGGGACUCUGCACAGCAACUGCCUGGAUGUAUUUAAACUCUUUAUGGUUCAGAUAAAUAUUUAUGAAUGUGUAUUUCAUGGCUUCAAAACAGCUAUUCAGUUAAUACCUUGUAUUCCAGGAGUGAAUAUAAUACUGCUGAGAGAAGUCAGAACUAAAGUUUUUUCAUGGAUUAUUUAUGAGCUUUAAUUUAAGAAUGACUUUUUCUAAUUAGACAAAAAGAAGAAGAAUUUGAUUUUGAAAACCAAGUAAUCAAGACUAAUCAAGUGGCCUAGCUUCUGUUUCCUUGAUUAGCGCGUGAGUGUGAUAUCUUAUAGUCAACAUGGGAUCAGGACUUCUGAGACCACAGGCUGUUAUAGUCACGGUGGAAGUGUGUGCUGUCAGCACUGGCUCCUAUUCCCUUCACUCUAAUUUCAGUGUUCCUCAUGGGCAUGUGUGUCUCUGCAGAUGAAAAUUGUUCCUCACUGGCAAUAUUCGCUCCAUUUUAAUGUUGGGUCCUCUAAGGAGUGGCAUUUCUUCUAGUUUUACUUUUUUAAUUCAUUGUAUGAAUGUUCUUGGUUCCCAUUUUGACCAUUGCAUAUUUUGGGAAACUUUCUUUAGAAGUACAUUUUUUGCAUUGUUCAUAUGCUUCCCAGAGAAGCUCAUUUCAAUAGAAAAGGCAAAUUUUAAAGCCUGCUGCUAAUCACAAACUCAUGGUAGGUUUGCUUGUCUUUAAUAAUUCAGUAUGAAGGACUCUUAAUUCCAAGUGAAAAAGUCAUUUACAGGUUAGAGAUACAGGCAGCCCAUUUUAUAUUUGCGUACCCUUUUAUUUCCAAAGUAAAAUUAACUCAUUUUCUUUGAAACAACUUCAUUCCCAUAUGCUUUUCAUGUUAUCUUGGCUUUCUUAUACAAGUUGAAGAUGUCAGUAGGAAUUGGAUUGUUCUAAGGCCUUUUCAUAAACUGAGCCUCUUUUUCAUUAUUUUAUCAGAGCUGGAACUAGAUCGACUUGACACCUGCAUUCUGGACCUUUAAACCUGCCUUUAUUCCUAAGAUUAGAUCAUCUUGAGAGAGUUUAAAUUAAAAUUUUCUCCAUUUCCUCAUUACUUGAAAGAAGGUGUUCUAUAAGCUAAUAUUUGUGAGGCCUGAAACUAUUUCAAAGCCAACUUUGCUGCCUUAUUGUGCAAAGAGUCUAGGUAGGUGCUUUUAACUAGAGUGUUGACUUUUUAAGAACAGAACAACUAAACAGUGUUAUUAAUAUUGAGGCUACAAAAUUGGGGCUGGGGUAAUGUUCGAUAGUAGAGGGCUUGACCACUGUGUGGGAGGAAGACCCUUGCUCAAGCAUUAGCACUGAGAAGACAAUACUGCAAAACUGACAGUAGAGAUGAGGGUAGUAAUAGGUCAUUUCCGUGCACUUUCCUUUACAGCUAGGGAAAGGGAAAGAACACUGAGAAGAAGAGGGAGAGCUGAGGUCAUAGUAGCAAGCUCCAAUUUUACGUUUUGGUAACCCUCUCCAUACCUUUUCUUUUAGUUCUAUAGGAAGUUGAUUGUCCAGAAAGUUUUGUGUCUGAGACAUUUUAUGCUCUUAUUUUUAAAUAUUAUGUGUUGUGGUACAAUCAAAUUGUUCACAUUACCAAAGCAAUGUCUCCUUGGAAUUUAAUCUACAACUCGUGGCACCCAAUCCAAUCCUUCUUACCCGUCUAAAUCAAAAAUAUGUUCACAUCUUGCUAUGUGGCCAUAUUUGUAGAAUGCUGAACCCAAUGUGCUGGUUGUACUGUAUGCACUUUUACGAAGAAGUGAAACUAAUUUGUUGUACUUUUUAUUCAAUUCUGUAUAGAUUAUAAAACUAUUUUUAUUAAAUAAAUAUUUUACAGUAUA